AUGCUCAAAUUUUAUGCUCGUUUCGAGAUCAGCGAUGAGACGGGUGACCCCAUGACCGACCGCGAUAUGACCUUACAGCAUUAUUCCAGAAUAACAUCACUACAGAAAGCUGCGUUCACAAAGUUUCCCGAUCUUAGAUUGUUCUCUCUAGCGAACGUAGCAAGCGUUGAUACGAGGGAAUCUCUUCAGAAACACUUUGGGAAUCUCAGCGAUAAGGCAUUAAGGGCCAUUGCUACAUAUCUGAAUUUAGUUCCCAUGGAAGGCAAGGAAGAUGAAGCGCCGUGGCAUAGGCUAGAUAAAGAUUUCCUCAGGGAACUUUUGAUAUCAAGGCACGAGCGAAGAAUUUCUCAGUUGGAAGAAUUGAAUUCAAUGCCUUUAUAUCCCACGGAGAAGGUUGUAUGGGACGAACACGUGGUGCCUACCGAGGUUUACAGCGGGGAGAGAUGCCUUGCUCUACCAAAACUUAACCUCCAAUUCCUGACACUUCACGAUUACCUAUUGAGGAACUUCAACCUUUUCCGUCUAGAGAGUACAUAUGAGAUUCGUCAAGACAUCGAGGAUGCUGUGUAUCGUCUGUCGCCAUGGAAAUCGGAAGACGGUACUGUGAUAUUUGGGGGCUGGGCGCGUAUGGCUCAUCCUAUUCAGAGCUUCGCUGUGGUUGAGGUCGCGAAACCGAAUAUAGGAGAGAAGGCGCCUUCAAGGGUCCGUGCUGACGUCACAGUGACCCUCAGCGUGAGGAACGAGAUCAAGCACGAGUGGGAGAGUCUCAGGAAACACGAUGUAUGCUUCCUUAUAACCGUCAGGCCUAGCGAGGGUAUAGGUACAAAAUACGAUUACAAGAAGAGUAUGGUGGACCAGGCUGGUAUAGUGUACAUCCGAGGAUGUGAGGUUGAAGGGAUGUUGGAUGCUGGCGGGAGGGUCAUAGAGGAUGGACCAGAACCAAGACCAGAACUAGAAGGAGAUUCAAGAACAUUCAGACUGCUGCUAGACCCUAACCAGUAUAGGUUGGACCUUGACGAAGCCAGCAAAGGAAAAGAGGAUGUAUACGAGACAUUCAACAUCGUUGUACGUCGGAAACCCAAAGAGAACAACUUUAAAGCUGUUUUGGAGACGAUACGAGAGCUGAUGAAUACGGAGUGUGUGGUCCCUGAGUGGCUACAUGAUAUAGUACUGGGGUAUGGUGACCCUGGACAGGCGCACUACACCAGAAUGCCCAACGAGAUCCCGACCCUGGACUUCAACGACACGUUCCUGGAUAUGGAACAUUUGCGGAACAGUUUUCCGGGACACGAGAUAAAGGUACAGACAGAUGACCCGCGGAAACUCGUCCGACCAUUCAAGUUGACUUUCGAGAACGUUCUACGUAAACAACGAGGUGAGACAGAUAUGGAUGAAGAUGAACCGAAGAAGGUUAUAGUGGUCGAACCUCACGUGCUGCCCAAGAGAGGGCCGUACCUGUACAAUGAACCUAAAAAGAACAACAUUCUGUUCACGCCGACCCAAGUUGAAGCGAUAAGGUCAGGAAUGCAGCCGGGACUUACAGUUGUAGUGGGACCUCCCGGGACAGGUAAAACUGACGUCGCGGUCCAGAUAAUAUCGAACUUGUACCAUAACUUUCCGUCCCAGAGGACGUUAGUAGUGACGCACAGCAACCAAGCUCUCAACCAGCUGUUCGAGAAGGUUGCUGAGCUGGAUGUAGACGAGAGGCACCUGCUGCGUCUUGGACACGGUGAGGAGGCCCUGCAGACCGACAAGGACUUCUCCAGGUAUGGUCGUGUGAAUUAUGUGCUGGCAAAGCGUUUGGAGCUUCUAGGCCAAGUGUCACGUCUUCAAACGACGCUAGGUGCGGGGGGUGAGGCUGGCGGCGCGGGAGGGGAGGCUGGGGCCACAUGCGAGCUGGCACACCACUUCCACGUAUACCACGUGAAGCCAAGAUGGGAAACCUUCCUCAGGACAUGCGAAAGAGAUCAGAAAAAGUCGGUAGAAACCAUCAGUAAAGAGUUCCCAUUCCACGAGUUCUUCGACGGUGCUCCCAAGCCGCUGUUCCCGGGGAAAUCUUACGAUGAAGAUAUGGAGAUUGCACUGAGUUGCUAUAGAUACAUCCAUCACAUCUUCGAGGAGUUAGAGGAGUUCCGCGCCUUCGAACUGCUGAGGUCGGGUCUGGACCGCUCCAAGUACCUACUAGUGAAGGAAGCGAAGAUCAUAGCUAUGACUUGUACACACGCAGCGCUCAAACGAUCCGAACUAGUACAAAUGGGUUUCAAAUACGACAACAUUCUAAUGGAAGAGUCCGCACAGAUUCUUGAAAUAGAAACCUUCAUACCACUUCUGCUACAAAACCCACAAGAUGGUAGGUCGCGUUUGAAGAGGUGGAUCAUGAUUGGAGAUCACCACCAAUUACCACCGGUGGUAAAAAACAUGGCUUUCCAAAAGUAUUGUAAUAUGGAACAAAGUCUAUUUACAAGGAUGGUGAGACUUGGAGUUCCUUACGUGGAGUUAGAUGCUCAGGGAAGAGCCAGAUCUAGUAUCUGUAAUCUGUAUCGUUGGCGUUAUCGUAACCUGGGAGACCUACGACACGUCUGUCAACUGCCAGAGUACCGCGCGGCCAACGCCGGUCUUAGACAUGACAUACAACUUAUUAAUGUAGACGACUUUAAUGGAGCCGGCGAGACAGAACCCAGCCCGUACUUCUAUCAGAAUUUGGCAGAAGCAGAAUAUGUAGUAGCAGUGUUUAUGUACAUGCGUCUGAUAGGCUGGCCGGCUGAGAAGAUCUCAAUCCUCACUACAUACAACGGACAGAAACAUCUCAUUAGAGACGUUAUUAACAAGCGGUGUGCUGAUAACCCGCUCAUUGGAAGACCGCAUAAGGUGACGACAGUAGAUAAGUAUCAAGGUCAACAGAACGACAUCGCUCUCAUAUCACUAGUGCGGACCAAGGCUGUGGGUCACGUGAGGGAUUUGAGACGUCUCAUAGUAGCGACCUCUAGGGCUCGCCUCGGACUGUACAUCUUCGCUAGGGCCAGCCUUUUCAGGAACUGCUUUGAAUUGCAGCCUACAUUCAAUCAGUUAUUAGAGCGUCCCUUACAACUGGAAUUGAUCCCUGGUGAGUCAUAUCCAGCUCAAAGGACGCUGGGUGCUGCUGUACCCGAGGAGAUGGUGUUGCGAGUGAUGGACAUGCCUCAUAUGGCGAGAUACGUGUACGAUAUGUACAUACAGACAGUCAGGGACUCAGCUCAGGAUUCUACAUGGAGUGCCCCGGGGUCUGAUCGUUCAGCUCGCUCCAAGGAAGCGGACCACCACGUGGCUGUCCACCCGGGGGGUGACAGUGAUGAUGAGGACUCUACCACCUUCCAACCUACAGAUAUAGUCAACGAGAUCGACGAACAGGAAUGA